GGGAAAGAUGACCACUCUCACACGGCAGGACCUUAACUUUGGGCAAGUUGUUGCAGAUGUUCUUUCAGAAUUUCUGGAAGUGGCUGUUCACCUUAUCUUAUAUGUCAGAGAAGUUUACCCUAUUGGGAUCUUUCAGAAGAGGAAAAAAUACAAUGUACCUGUCCAGAUGUCCUGCCACCCGGAGCUGAAUCAGUACAUCCAGGACACGCUGCACUGUGUAAAGCCGCUGCUCGAGAAGAACGAUGUGGAGAAAGUCGUAGUCGUAAUCCUGGAUAAAGAGCACCACCCCGUGGAGCGAUUUGUCUUUGAGAUCACCCAGCCACCUCUUCUGUCCAUCAGUUCAGAGUCCCUGCUGUCCCACGUGGAGCAGUUACUGCGUGCCUUCAUCCUGAAGAUCAGCGUGUGCGAUGCUGUGCUUGACAACAAUCCCCCAGGUUGCACCUUCACAGUUCUGGUUCACACGCGGGAAGCUGCCACACGGAACAUGGAAAAGAUCCAAGUGAUAAAGGAUUUCCCGUGGAUCCUCGCUGAUGAACAAGACGUGCACAUGCACGACCCCCGGCUUAUUCCCCUAAAGACUAUGACAUCUGAUAUCUUAAAGAUGCAGCUAUAUGUAGAAGAGCGAGCCCACAAAGGCACCUGAUUUCAAAUCUUCUUUGCCUUCAAGCCUCAUCUGAUCUUCCAGUGGAAUAAGAUAUCUCACAAACCGUACCUUGAUAACUGUCUCUUCAGCUGGCCUUCUGGGUGAAUGUAGAGCAGCUACUGCCUCUUUAUUUCAAGUGCUCUUACCACUGUAUAUAGAACUGACUUGGAAUGUGGAGCCAGAGCCUGUUCCCACGUACACUCACACACCAGAGCAAGUACAGGUUUUGUUACAGUGAAUCCCUGGGGGCAGCAGCAGGAUGUAGCCUGCUGCAGCGUGCAGUCAGCGCUUUGUACCAAUCCAGUCCUCACCUUAACAGAGCAUCGCCACCACGCAUCGGUAGCGAUAUACAGCGAUCUGUGACAUGUGCUCCACUCGAGCAAUGGACUCAUACUAAGGGUGACUGAGGCCUUAUGUAGUGUCUGUCCGCUGUGACUGUCCCAAGUAGUCUUCAAUAAAUACUAAGAUUUAC